UCAGGGAGGUGUGUCCAAAAGAAAGAAGGAAGCAAAUGCCGCCGGCAUUCGCACACCUUCCUCGAUUUAUUACUGCGACCUUUGCAUCUUCCGGGUCUCCUUACUCCAGAAUCGCCUCUUUAGAAACUCACUUAAUCUCUGGCUUUCCCAUUCCCACACUCUCUCACUGAUUAGUUUCUUGCACCACUGGAGGUUGAAAAAUACCACAGAGAGGAAAGGAAGGGGCGGUAGUAGAAACAAGCAAAGCUCAUUCCCUGGAGGGCCUCCAGGAAAAGGGUAAUUGCCUGCUUUAGGUCGACUACCAAAAUCAGUAAUUUUGCUCCACCCCCCAGAGCUUCAGUUGCUCUUUCGCUUCCUAAUUCCGCAAGAGCAUUGGGUGACAGAAUUAUGGAGAAGCGCCUGCAGGAGGCUCAGCUGUACAAGGAGAAAGGGAACCAAUGUUACCGGGAAGGAAAGUACCGAGAUGCUGUGAGUAGGUACCAUCGAGCUCUGCUUCAGCUGCGGGGUCUGGAUCCAAGUCUGCCCUCCCCGAUACCUAAUCUAGGACCUCAGGGCCCGGCUCUCACACCUGAACAAGAAAACAUACUGCACAGCACCCAGACAGACUGCUACAACAAUUUAGCUGCCUGUCUCCUCCAGAUGGAGCCGGUAAACUACGAGCGAGUGAAAGAGUACAGUCAGAAAGUCCUAGAGCGGCAGCCCGAUAAUGCCAAAGCCUUGUAUCGGGCCGGAGUGGCCUUUUUCCACCUGCAGGACUAUGACCAAGCUCGGCAGUACCUCCUGGCUGCUGUCAAUAGGCAGCCAAAAGAUGCCAACGUCCGGCGGUACCUCCAGCUGACACAGUCAGAACUCAAUAGCUACCACCGCAAAGAGAAGCAGCUCUACAUGGGCAUGUUCGGUUAGCAGAGAGGAGCGACGCUUCUCCACCUGAACUUAGGUGAACCGAUCAAGACCCAUCCAGUGGAACCUGAGCCUCCCGGGAGAAGUGAACCCCAUCCCUCUGACCCAGGUGGAUUUCUGUCUGGUUUCUACUUCGGCCCAAACCCCUAACUGCUUACUGAGUCUGCCUCUUUUUGUUUUUGCCCCUCUGUAUGUUUGUAGAGCUUUCAAUACGUGGUAUCCUGGGGGACACUGGCCCUGAGAAAGACAACCAGGAAACACUCCUCAGCCAUGGGUGGCAUUAAUCGUAUCUACGGCACAGAUUUUACUGAUCGGUGUCAUUAGACGUGUGGGUACGCAGAGGAGAGGGCUGGCAGAGGAGGAAAUGAUGAUGGACAGGAAGGAGUUUCUUCCUGUUUCCUCAGAUGCCUUGAGCUGAAGUUUUAGGGGCCAAAAACUGGGCGAUGUGUACCUUUUGUGAAACUAGACAACUGUGAAUUGGGCCCGUAUGUGUUGUUAAAAUGAAAGAUUUGAAAUUAACCAAGUAAAGUAAUUCCUUAUUCUUCUUAAUAUUUUGUACACAUUCAGAUUCCCCCCCUAUAAAAGUAUGUCAUUGCUAUUGUUUUUCUUGGUAAUUUCUAGUCAUUGCUAUUUAUAUUUAGCUUGUUAAUAUAGUAGACUUAUUUAAUUUUUCAUUAAACUCUUCUAUUUUAAGAUCUCUGGAGUCAAGCAUUUAAAUAUUUAUUUAAUAACCCUUAGUCUUCAUGCUACAAAAACACCCAAGUAAACAUUUCAAUUUUUAAUAAGUGCAUAUAGUAUGCUUGUUUGUCUAAGACGCUUAGGAAAGGCAGACUGCUGAGUCUUCUAGAAAGAAUGCCGUAAAGCAGCAGAGUAAAAACACAGAUCUGUUCUUUGCCUGUCUGCUUGCAUGUUGCCAGAGCUCAGUUCUCUUCCAGAGGAGGCCGACCAUGAGGAAGGGAUCUCCUUUCUUAGUGCCUUUCAAGCCAAUUUUAAAACUGCCUGGAAGCUGCGAUCUGAGGCGGCCGUGCCUCGGCAGGAGGCUCCAUCCACCAGGGAGGAGCUCCUUGGUCAUUCCGCUCACUUGCCAGACGCCCUGUCCACAGCGAGUGAGUUCUGCGGAGUGGGCGGGGCCGUCUAGCACCGCCUCUGCCUCUGAGUGGAGGUGACGGUAAGCAUGUGUCAUCAGCCAUCAUACAAUCACAGACGGUUUUCAGGAAGAAAAACCGUAGUGUUGCCAAAUGUACGUGAGUUCUGCUCCGUUUACCAGUAACGCCUGGUCUCCCGAUGAACUGGGCUCCUCUGCGUCUCCCCUUACCCUUGAGUAAAGCAGCCACCAGCUCACCACGAAAGGGUUUUCUAAUAAUCGUGAAGAAGUGCAAGGACAGAACUAACAGAAGUAGAAUAUUUUAUUCCUCUUCCGAGCCUCUUACAUUUCUAAGUCUAGAUUGUUGACAAAAUUUUGUCGUGAUGCAGUUGUUUGUUUGGGGCUUGUUUUGCUUUUCAAUUUUAUCUGUGUGUGUGUUUUCAAGACAGUGUUACAGUGAGCUAUCUUCUACAUCAAUGAGGAAAAAAUAAAACUGAUAUUUAAGAGUGGA